GUAUCUCUACCAAUUUAUAAACAGGUAGUUUUGUAACAAUAGAACAAAUGUAUAUCAUCAGAGAUUGUGCAAUAUGACAUUCUUAUCAUAAUUUAUGAUCGCGAUAUCUGAUAACGUUAUCACUAUCAGAGAAUAAAAAUGUAACAAUAUAAAUACCAUCGAGUAUAAGUUCUUCCUUAAAUUUCUUGACGAAUAAAAUAUGAUAUUGUGUGUCUCAAUUAAAAACAGAAACUUGUGAAUUGAAAGGAAAAGACCAAGUGUGUGUAAAUACUAAUUAACUAUGUGCAUCUUGUUUAUUUAUCGCAAUCCAAAUGCUGAUGUUAAAUCUUAUCGAUUAAUAAUUGCAUCAAAUCGAGAUGAAACAUAUAAACGUCCUGCAUUGCCAGCCCAUUAUUGGGAAAAGCAUCCUGAAUGUUUAGGAGGUAUUGACAUGGAACCAGAAAGGGAAGGUGGAACUUGGUUAGCUGUAUCAAUGAAAGGAAAAGCAGCUGUUAUUUUAAAUCUUAAUGAAGAACGCGUAAUUAAUUCAUCAAGAAAAGGUCGUGGUUUCUUGAUAAGCAAUUUUAUUACUUCCAAUGAUUCUAUAGAGUCAUACUUGAGUAAUUUACACCAGGAAAAUGUAAAUGGACAACCAUAUAAUCCGUAUUGUUUAGCUUUAUUUAAUUUAAACAAUGCUGACGUGCAUUAUUUGAGUAGUACAAAAUCUACUGGGCCUAAAAAAAUUUGCAACAGUGACAUUAUAGGUAUUGGAAAUGGUGGAUUAAAUUAUCCUUAUAAAAAAGUUGAAAUAGGAAAGGAAGAAUUUAAGCAUAUUGUGCAAGAUGUAGAUAUAUCCAAACAAGAUAAUCUAAUUGAUAAACUUAUUCAUUUCUUAAAAUCAACGAAAAA